AUGAAGGGCUUUGGUCCUCCAGAGGAGGGCCCCCUCCAAGGCCUUGUAGCCUCUCGCAUUGAGGCUUACGGGGGCCGACGCCAGGUCUCCAACCAAAGCCAUGCCAGCAGCCUCUAUCCCCGAGGGGGAGGUGCUGUGCCGGUCCUUGAUCCCAGUCGCCGCCUCCUCCAGAACUAUGUUCACUUCCCCAAGAGCUCUGGCCAGGCCCGGGGCCUGUCUCCCAUGAGGCUGCGAGAACUAGAGCAUGGGAAUAAUUUUGGGGCCAGCCAACCUUCCUCCCCCAAACUCAAGGAUGCUCCCAAAGUCCACAAACUGGAGUCUCGCCUGCAGACAUUCAGCAUGUUUGGGAUACCCCGCCUGCCCCCUGAGGACCGCCGCUACUGGGAGAUGGGUGAGGGCAUCGACAGCAGCCUGACUCUCGAGAAAUCCUGGAGGGAACUGGUGCCUGGGCACAAGGAGAUGAGCCGGGAGCUUUGCCACCAGCAGGAAGCACUGUGGGAGCUACUGACCACAGAGGUGAUCUACGUGGGAAAACUCAAGAUCAUGACCGAUCUCCUAGCCGCCGGUUUGCUGAACUUGCAGCGAGUGGGACUGCUGACCGAAGUAUCUGUUGAGACCCUGUUUGGAAAUAUACCCAGCCUGAUCCGAGCCCACCGGAGCUUUUGGGAGGAAGUGCUGAGGCCCACCUUGGAAGAGACUCGAGCCUCAGGCCAACCUCUGAACCCUGUCAGCCUGCAAAAUGGCUUCCUGAAGUUUGGCCAGAGGUUCCAGCCCUAUGUCCGUUACUGCCUAAAAGUGAAGCAGACCAUGGCUUAUGCCCGGGAGCUGCAAGCCACCAACCCUCUCUUCCAGACCUUUGUGCAGUGGUGUGAGACACACAAGCGCUCAGGGAAGCAGAUGCUGUGUGAUUUGCUCAUCAAGCCUCAUCAGCGUGUCACCAAGUACCCGCUGUUGCUCCAGGCUGUGCUCAAGAGGAGCCCUGAGGCUCGAACUCGGGAAGCACUAAACACCAUGAUUGUAGCGGUGGAUUCAUUCCUGCAUCACAUCAAUGGGCAAGUCCGCCAGGGUGAGGAGCAGGAGAGCUUGGUGGCUGUUGCCCAGCGUAUUGGGCCCUAUGAGGUGCUGGAGACAUCCAGUGAGGAGGUGGAGAAGAGCCUUCGCCCCUUCUCUAUCCUGGACCUAACAUCCCCCAUGUUGGGGGUAGCCCCUGAGCACACCAGGCAGCUGCUGCUGGAGGGUCUCGUGCGAGUGAAGGAGGGACGAGAAGGCAAGCUGGACGCGUACCUGUUCCUCUUCUCUGAUGUGCUCGUAGUGACCAAGCCCCCGCGUAAGGCAGACAAAGCCAAGGUCAUCCGCCCCCCACUCAUGCUGGAGAAGCUUGUGUGCCAGACACUCCGAGACCCCAACAGCUUCCUGGUGAUCAACCUCACUGAAUUCCAGUGUGUCUCUAGUGCCUUUAUUGUGCACUGCCCCAAUUCCACAGAGUGUACUCAGUGGCUGAUGAAGAUCCAGCAGGCCCAGGCCACCCUGCAGAAACUGAAGGCAGAGGAGUACGUUCAGCAGAAGAGGGAGCUGCUGGCCCUCUAUCGCGAUGGCGACCGAGACCGGGAGUCCCUGGGCACCAGGCCCUCCACUCCAUCCCAGGAGGGCUCACAGAGCAGCACAGAAGGGAGGACUCUCGAGUUCUCGGUUAUCAUCCCUCAUCUGGUAGUGACGGAAGACACCGAUGAAGACUCUACUUCUGUGCUAGAUGAUACCUCAGACUCUGGCUAUGGCACUUUGAUCACAGCCUCCCCCAGGAGCCCCCGGUCCCCACUGAGCCGUCUCCGCCACCGGGUCCUUCGGAGGGAUCCUCGCCUCACCUCCUCCACCAUGGACCUGCGAGACGUUCCUUUGCGGCCCCAGCCCUCAGACUCCCAAGCUCUCCAGCGUCGCAGCGCUCCUGACCUGCCUGCGGAAGGCAUCCAAAGAGGAAGCCAGCUUCCCCAGGGAGACACUCCCACCUGGUCUGAGGAGGAAGAUGGGACCUCAGGGGGCGGGAAUGUGGUGGUGGAAACCCUGCACAGGGCCCAACUGCGGGGUCAGCUCCCUUCCUCCCCCGCCCACGUUGACUCUGCUGGCGAGAGCCCUUGGGACUCCUCAGGGGAUGAAGAGGAGGGGUCUCUCUCGCUGAGGCGAAGGCAGCCCCCCUCCCCACGUCUCCUCCGGGCUGAGAACAUGCUCCAAGAGGGCAUGCUCCGAGAGGACAUGCUCCGAGAGAUCCGGGAGGAACUGGCCAGUCAGAGGAUAGACGGAGCCCCAGAACCGAGGAGCAGCAGGCCUCGGAAGCUGACGCGGAUGCAGCUGCAGAGGAUGCGAGGGACUCACAUCAUACAGCUGGACACGCCACUGUCCACAUCGUAA